GGUUAAAGGGAAUCAGUGUUGUUAUUUACAUGUUUUUGAUUGGGGAAGAAAGUCAAGGUAACCAGAGCAUUGGUGGAUUCGGAGGUGAAGAAGGGGCGCGUUUAAAGCAGGGAAAAGUAAACGAAAAGUCUGUCUUCUUCCUUGUAGCAGUCAUGAUGUGACUGGUCUUCAGUCUUCACCAACCAAAACAACACACUUGAUUUAGUCUAACCAAAUUUCUUUAUCAUUUCACACUUACGCUUUCAUAUUUUUUAAUAUAAUUUUUCCCUUUUUAUAACCCUAGACUCAACUCAACACCGGCGCGACUCUGCGUCUUAAGAACUGCCGGGUAAUAUCCAAAUCAUGAAGAAGGGAGGAGGCUUAAACGCUAAUGUCAAGCUCAAGCUGGCUGUUCCUCAUUCCGAUGAAGCCUCCUUCGCCGCCUUCCUAACGAGAAGCGGUACGUUUAUGGACGGCGAUCUGCUCGUUAACAGAGAUGGAGUUCGAAUUGUCCAUCAAAGUCAAAUUGAAGCUCCACCGCCUAUUAAACCAUCUGACAACCAGCUGAAUUUGGAAGAUAUAGACUAUAUCAAAGUUGUUGGAAAGGGGAAUGGUGGAAUGGUGCAAUUGGUGCAACAUAAAUGGACUGGCCAAUUUUUUGCAUUAAAGAGUAUUCAAAUGAAUAUUGAGGAGUCAGCUCGGAGACUGAUUGCACAGGAAUUGAAAAUUAAUCAAUCUUCACAGUGUCCUUAUGUUGUGGUGUGUUACCAAUCUUUCUACAUUAAUGGUACCAUUUCAAUCAUUUUGGAGUAUAUGGAUGGUGGAUCUUUAGCAGAUUUUCUGAAAAUGGUUAAAUCGAUUCCAGAACCGAAUUUAGCUGCCAUCUGUAAGCAGGUGCUUAGGGGUUUGUUGUAUCUUCAUCAUGAAAAACACAUUAUCCACAGGGAUUUAAAGCCUUCUAAUUUGUUGAUAAACCAUAGAGGGGAAGUCAAGAUUACUGAUUUUGGUGUGAGUACAAUAAUGGCAAGCACCUCCGCUCAGGCAAAUACUUUUGUUGGCACUUACAACUAUAUGUCUCCUGAGAGAAUUAGUGGAGGCCAACAUGACUAUAAAAGUGACAUUUGGAGCUUGGGAUUAGUAUUGCUUGAGUGUGCAACUGGUCAGUUUCCAUACUGUCCACAAGAGCAAGAGGAAGGAUGGACUAGUUUCUAUGAGCUUAUGGAAGCUAUUGUUGACCAGCCACCACCAUGUGCACCUUCUGAUCAAUUUUCCCCAGAGUUUUGCUCAUUUAUUUCUGCAUGUUUAAAAAAGGAACCAGGUGACAGACUGUCUGCUCAGGAACUUUUGGCACAUCCCUUCACGAGCAUGUAUGACGACUUGAAUGUAGAUCUGUCCGCAUACUUCACCAAUGCAGGAUCUCCACUUGCAACCCUUUGAAACUUGGGUGGAUUCAAAUGUUGAAUGAGUUCACAUUUUGCAAACUAGCUGGAGACGCAAACUCGAUGUUGAAUAUAGAAACCUGGUGAAAAUAUUAUAUUUGUCUUGGCGGCUGAAUUCUAGUGAUUGUCUGAGCAAGAGCAGCACAAUUUUAUAAGUAUUAACAUUCCAAUGUAGUACCAGAAGCCUUCAACUUGGAGUGAAGGUUCUGCAAACCAGAAUAAUCAGGUUUUAUGAAUUGCAAGAAGUAUGGCUAUGUUGUCAACCACUGUUAUUAACCGUAUGAAUUGAACUCAGAUGGGAAUUUACCGUGUUGUAAUAAUGAACUUUUAUUUUUUUUAA